AAGUUUCAGGGAUCAUUUCGUUUACAACGGUUUAAACAUCGAUCUUGAAAAUUGAAAGAAAGCUGUUAUACUCACUCAGAUUCUAUUUGAGGCGGGUAUCGUGUUCAUCAGUUAUUUAACACAAAAGGUCUUAAAAAAAAGCACAUUCUGUGCGGCCUGGAAAUGCUAUAGGACAGAUUACCCACAAUGGGUGUCCAAGUGUUAUUUCAUUCACCAGUUUUCCUCUACCUGUUGGUACUGUUUCAUUCAGUGAUCACUCAGUACAACAGUGAUACACGCGAAGUCUCCAUCUUUGGGAUGAUGCUGCAGGAACACAUCUUUAAAACAAUCACUGGAGCAGCAUUCGGUGAUGUGUGUUUGCUGGAGUGUUAUGGUGAUGUCAGAUGCCAAAGCUUUAACUAUGUAUUUACCCAAGACAAGUGUGAGCUGAGUAACCGCGCGAAGGAAGCCAGGCCUGAAGAUUUUGUACCCAACUCUGAGAGAUAUUACUUCAGGCGAGAUAUAAAGAGAGCUCAUCUCGGUGCUAUUCCAGAGCUGCCUGCAGACUCAUGUAAGGAAAUUAAGUCGAGUGAAGGUGGACAAGCGGUCAGCGGUAAAUACUGGUUGAAUUUCAUCAAACCUGACACUCCUGUCUUGGCUCACUGUGACAUGAAGACUGAAGAUACUGACGAAUGUAACGCCUCCAUUGGCGUUUGUGAUGUGAGCGCUGACUGCAGAAACACUCUGGGAUCGUAUCGCUGCUCUUGCAGAACCGGCUUUUCUGGAGAUGGACAUACUUGCAAAGAUAUUGACGAAUGCAGUGCUUUCCCAUCAUUUUGUCAAAUCAAUGCCGACUGCCAAAACACCCUGGGCUCUUAUCGCUGUUCCUGCAAACCCGGAUUUCUUGGCGAUGGACCAACUUGUUACCGUUUUUCAAAUUUCAAAACCGAUGGGAGAAGAGGACGUUUUGGAAUUAUACAGAAGUUUACCGCUCCUCGGACUUCCCGCUAUCUCAUCAAAGCCUGGGGUGCUCGGGGCGGAACACAUUCCUACGACUACGGCUACAACCCAGGAACAUAUUUUGGGGGAAAGGGGGCCUUUAGAGAGGGAAAGUUCAGGUUAAAUAAUGGAACUGUGCUGAAUAUUGUGAUUGGACAAAGAGGAGGAGAUUCGGUGGAAGUGAAAGGGGGAAAUAGCACCAAUAAGACAGCAGCUCAACUAGGAGUGUCCGUCGAAGACAAUGCUGGCACCGGAGGAGGGGGAGGAAGCUUUGUUUAUACUACAGCUGAUGUUUUGUUGCUCGUUGCUGGAGGAGGAGGGGGUGCGUCUAGUGGAUAUAAUGGUGUGGAUGGUCAGGUGGGUUCAAGUGGCACCAGCAGUGUGGGAAAAGAAUCAUCACAAGUUCGAAAUGGAGGUACUGGUGGGCAGCCUGGUGAAUGUAACACUGCUGGGGGUAACUACCAUGGAGGAGUGGGUGCGGGUUGGCUUGGUCAAGGCUGUACACGAUUAGGCUCCUCCCAUGGGGAAAGAGGGGGAUCACGUGCUCAAGGCUGGAUUGGAGGUCAAGCUGGAGGUAUGAACAGUGGAAACAACGGCGGACCAGCACCAGGAGCAGUUGGAGGAUUUGGUGGUGGUGGAGGGGGAUCAGAAGAUAAUGGUGCAUCAGGUGGAGGUGGAGGGUACUCUGGGGGAGGCAGCGGUAUAUCUUCGAAACAAGCCGGAGGAGGGGGAGGCUCGUAUUGCAGUGGCGAGGAUUGUUCCGGCUUGAUUGGUGGAAACUCCAAUGAAGAUGGCCUUGUUCAAAUUUUUGAAUGGCUGGGCUGAUUAAAAAACGUUAUCUAAAACUGAAAAUUUGUUUUUAAGGGCCUAUCCGCACUAGCAAACAAAACUAGAAAAGUUCCCACAAAAUCAAAGGCCAAAUUUUAUCUUGACAAAUUUUUGUCUCCUCUGUUGCAUCCGCUCUAAAAGUGCCGAAGCUGUUAAGUCAGCCAAAAAUAACACCGAUACUAUAUUUCACUGCAAUUUUAUUCAAUUUAGUUUUUCUUUCCUCUUUGCUUUGAGUGGGCACUUCUGGAUCUUGGGCCAUAUCUACUGCUUCAUUGUUGGACUGAUAAAGUGGCCACUGGAAAAUCACUCCAUGGUUGUAUCUUGCCCCGGUUGCAGCCAGCCCCUGAUCUGCCCAUGACACUGGCCGCUAUCAUUUUCCUGUGGAUUCAAACUCCAAUUACCAGGAUUCAUCUGAAGUUGUUUGAAGUUGUAAAAUCUGCGAGUUUGGCAACGAAAGAUAAUUACUGCAAUCUUUUGGUAAACUAAAUUCAGUUCAAUUACCACACUGAUGGUGGCGUUUACGACAAAUGGUCGACAAGUUUAUGACGGUUUUGUUUAUUUACUCGAUUUUGCCAAGGUUUUACUCGUGACAAAUUUUGUCGGCGGUGCUUUUGAAAAUUUAUCCGCUUUGGCCAAAAUUUGUCGAGUCGCGACAAACCAUCCGCACGUUGUAAAGUGUUUGUGAUGACAGAAAAUUUGUCUAAAUAAACAGUUUUGUCGCUAGUGCGGAUAGAGCCUGUAAGAUCUUAGCGUGCGGAAUGUAUUCAAUCAUUAAUUAGGGUGUCUCUUAUGUGUUGUUGCUGUUUCUUGUCGUCUGUUAGCUAGUGUUUUUUCACCGGUUUCUCCCUCCCUGGAGCGAGGGAAGAGAUACCCUGGUUUAGACUGGUCACGUCUCUCUGAGAUUUUAGGAAAUUAAAACUUAGCGGCCUGAGGGAGGGGCAGAUAAGUGGAAAAAUCUCUCCACUUACUCCACUGGCGAGCGUAGUUUGUCGGCAAUCAAAUCAAACUACACGUGAAGCGCUUCGAACCGAAUGAUGUCAAUUGAGAAUAUUCAGCAGACGUUCAGAAAGAUCAGUGCAUAAAUACUCUUCGCUCGAUGAGUAUUUACGCAAAAGGACAUCGCGCAUUGCCAAGGACAUCUACGCGCAUGCGAUUACGCGUACUUGUUCGCUUUCCCUAUUUUACAUAAUCUGACGUGUCAGUAUUCAUUUUAAUCACAUAUAAACCUACGGCUGCCGGUGCUCCUUCUUAUUUGAUAUUUAAUAUGGGCGUUCAAAGGCGAAACAACGAUAACAACUGGACGAAAUGACAAGGAAGGUACAGGUCGUUGACUGGUUAACUUCUCGAAGAAGAGUGAAGGUGAAAAACCAACGAUUUACCGUAUCCCGUUGGUAAAACGGCCACAACGUAUCUGCCCGAAUAUAUCGCUUCUAAACACUGGACUUGUUUGGGUUUUAAAUUAAGUUUAAAAUACCUACUUCGAGAUAUAGCGACUUGAAGGCUGCUACAGAACAUGGCGACCUGCACAACGAUAGCGUCGAUUUGAAGAUGACAAAGGAAAUGAGGCAAAUAUCGGGCAAACAAACGACUCGUCCCUAAGGAAUAUUUUGCUCUGUGAACACGUGAGCAGCCCAAACCAGGGUCUCCCUUCUCUCGCUCUAAGGGGCAGGAAGAUGAGAGUCUCUGGGAACGAGGUUGAACUGCAUCAAAUAUCGUUUGAUUCUACUAACUGGGCGAUUAAGCGUUAGUUGGCACUGAAAAGAAAUUUAUGAAAACCACCUGCGUCAUCUAGUAUGUUUAAUGAGCAAACAAAGACAAUGGAUAGGAAAAUGGAGAAAAGCCUUGAAGUUAAAGCCUGAAUUAACUGUCAUGGCUCGGAGUUGUGAGGGAGAUUUAUGAUUCUAAG